GAGGAGGAGGAGGAAUGCGCGGACGCGUGUCGCAACAACUUUGUCCGUUCCCAGCAUGUUCGCGGCGCUCGCGAUGCAGCUAUCGAGUGUACCUACUGGUCUUGGAACGGUUGCUGCCGUCCGCCUCGCCUCGCCCUGCCCGCACGUGCAGGACAAGAGCGGGAUGCGGGCAACACCGACGCACUGGGCAGACGGGAGUCAUGCAGGUCGCGAUUCUGGUGCAGAGGGGGAAAGGGAAGGGGGGAAGGAAAAUGGGGAGGCAAGCGGGAGACGGGGGGGGGGGGGAUGCACGACGAGGCAGGUGAAACUCUGUCAAAUCCGCUCCAGCUCGGCAGAAUCCGCCCAAGCUCGGCCAGAUGCGCAACACUCGGUCCCAAACUCCGAGGCAGGCGUUCGGCGCGCUUCCUCCGGCCGUCGUGGGCCGCGCCCGUCCGGCAGGCUGGCGCGCCCGACUGCGCCGGCCUGUGCUUCGCGCGCGACCGCGUCCUGCGCCCACCAGGCCAAGGCCCGCCACCUCACCCUCGGCCUGCCCUGCCCCGCGCGCGGCGGAGGAAGUCGAGGAACGCAUCGGCGACACUUAAAAUGCGGUUGAAACGUGAGCGACAGUGUGGUCACAAAUGACCAUCCAGCGCAUCUUCGAAGACGGCAGGAGACGGUCCAGCCGCGGCACGUCGGACCACGUCGCCCCUGCGUCGAUUCCGCGGACAGUGUAACAUAACGUGGGCACGAGCCCAUGGACUUCAAAUGACAAAUGCUCGACAUCCCAGGCCGCCUAUAUAUAUAUAUAUAUAUAUAUAUCGCGAUCACGAUCGGGAAGUUGUGGGAGGAAGAACUAGCGCUCGGAGAAGCGCCGCGAUCCCGACGCAGCUGUCCUGCCUUGCAGCCUCCCGAGACCCCUGACCGGCCCCGCCUUCUCUUCGUUACAUUCCCAGCUCCGCUUCGCCCUCUCCGGGGGACGAGAAGGCGAGAAAAAAGUUGCAAGAGGAAGAGGAAGAGGAGGAGGAGGAGGUGAUCUCACAAAAAGGCCUGACAAAAAGGCGUGGGCGCAGCGCCCCCUCGGGUCUCUUCGGCCGCCCUCGGCGGCCCAAGAAAAGCCUCUGAGAUCGCCCCCACACGGCCCAAGAAAGUGCCGAAGAGGGCUUC